UUUGUUUAUUAACAAUUACGAUCUCAUGAUGAAGAGCUGGUUGGAAGCUGCCAAUAUGGAGGACGGAUCGUUGCCCUGUAUGCUAGCUGAAACGAGGGAAGCUUUAUUACCGAUAACUGGUUGCGAAAACAUGGCGCCUAGAAAAAGAGAUCGAUCUUUGGAGCCCUGCGCUGUAUCCGAAGAAGCUUAUCUGUCUAGUGGAGCGGGAUCACCGUACGCCGGUCUAUCGCGAGAAGAGAGGAGACGAAGAAGGAGAGCCACUCUAAAAUACAGAACAGCACACGCUACUAGAGAGAGAAUAAGAGUUGAAGCAUUUAACGCAGCAUUUGGUUCACUUCGGAGACUUCUCCCAACCCUGCCUCCAGACAAAAAACUGUCAAAGAUUGAAAUUCUUCGACUCGCUAUCUGUUAUAUUGCGUAUUUAAAUCAUGUUUUGGAUGCGUGAAGGAUAUAUAAAUGUAUUAUCAAAUACUAAAGCUAAGCAGCUGCGGUUGUUGAAAAUAAUAUGUCAUUAUUAGUUUUUGGUACGACUC